AUCCGCAUUUUUAAUCACCGCUUGGAACAAAGGGCAGUUGUAUAGUUAUAGACUGUCAUACAAAUUUCUUAAACGACUCGCAACGGUGCAGAAAUGAUGUGGAUUUGCCCUUGGAUUUAAUCGUAAGGAAGUUGGUGUUGCAUUAUGGGAAAUUUGACGUCACAACGCUGUACGAGAAAGAUGGGGAGUAGGCAGUAAAGCGGGCCAAAAUUGUUUAUUUUUGUUGCUUUCCCCCGAAAUAUUUACUUAUGGAAUAUAUAUAAAUAUCAUAGACCACAUCGAGAUGGCUAAAUAUCGAUGUAGUUACUGCCAGAGUGAUAUUUCGGGGUACAGAGCGCAGUGUUCUGAAUGUGUCGACAUUGACCUUUGUUUACAGUGUUUUUCAUGUGGUGCUGAACUGGGUUCUCACAAACGUGAUCACAGCUACAAAAUCCUGGAUGACAGUCCUGUUGGUGCAUUUGACAUUGCAAGAGCAUGGAGUCUGGCAGAGGAAACCAUGCUCUUAGACGCAGUGGAGCAGUACGGAUUUGGAAACUGGGAUGAUGUGGCAAGUCAUGUAGAAUCUCGAUCAGCGGAAGAGUGUCAAGACCAUUAUGUUACUUUCUACGUCAAUGGAAGUAUUGGAAAAGAAACCAUUGUUCUGACCAAAAGCCCUGUCAAAGAUCAUUCCUGUCCAGAGGGAGGUCCCCUGUCUCCCAGCAUCACCACCCCCAUCCGACCCAUUGAACUCAGUGUCCAGGAACAGCAUGACCUUGGCUACAUGCCAUUCAGGGACGAUUUUGAAAGGGAGCACGAUAAUGAAGCCGAAACUGUGAUAAGUAGUCUGGCCAAUAAUUAUGAUGACGACGAACUGGAUAUAGCUGUGAAGCUCGUACAGGUGGACAGAUACAGAACCAGGUUAAAAGAACGUGAACGUCGGAAACGAAUCGCCAGAGAAUAUAAUCUAAUUCAAACUGCAGCAUCACUCAUCAAACCCAAAUCACAAACCCCCAAAAAGCGCACAUCUAAAGAAGAAAAGGAAUUCCAGGAAAAAAUGAAAGUAUUUGCUCAAUUCCAGUCCUCAUCAGAUCACGAACAGUUUCUGGAGAAGUGUCAAGAGGAGAAGGAGCUGAAGUCCAGAAUCACAGAGCUGUGGAAAUACAGGGAGAACGGGAUCACCAAAAUGGAUGAGGUCGAUGAUUAUGAGGAUGAGUUGUACAAGCGAGAGAAGAAAAAAGAGAAUAAGAAAAAAUUGGGCAGCUCCUCCCCAGUAAAGAGGGUGUCAAUGGUCUCAAAAAAAGCCGCCGGCGGUAUAGAAGAAAAAUUAGAUAUACUCAUCGACGACGAAGGGUUAAAAGAUGAAGGAGAAGAAAAUGAGAUGAAGGAUAUGUCCAUACUCCCCAGCUAUGGCAUGCUGUCGGAGAGAGAGAAGAAGCUCUGCAAUUCCAUUGGGAUGACCCCAGCAAACUAUAUGACCAUCAAAACUUGUAUAAUCAAGGACUACCUACAGAGACGGCAGGGUAUCCCAGUCAAGAUCCGCUAUCCUAGCGGGCUGGACAAGACCCACCGACGGAAAAUCAUGAGCUUCCUGACGGACAAUGGCUGGAUAAUGGCUGUCUGAAGGACGUGACAAGGGAGAGAUAAACAGAGGAGGGGCCAGAGGAAGAAGGCUGGUCUUCAUGGAGCAGGGAAUUACAGGAGAGAGGGACCGUGUGAUGGUGGGCGGGGCUGUGAGAGGCGGGGCACCACACCAGCAGACAGACAGACAAAGUGAUUGAAGGUCGAGAGUUUGGAUUCCUAAGUAAAGGAAAUGAUUCGCAAUCAUUUUUUUAAAAAAAAUGUAUAAAACUGGUUAUGCUUAUGUUGAACAGAGAGCACUUGAAACGUUUAUGUUUUGUGGUUUGUUAAAGCAUUGUCUUUAGUUUUGGUUUUGUAUUUGAGGUAAAAUGCAACUAGAAGUUGUAAAAAAUAGUUAUUAAAGGUGAUGAGAGAUUGUGAUGUACACACUUGUACAUGUAUGCACUGCCAUGGAACACUCAAAGUUCUUUGUACAUAGAUAUUACCACCUGUUUUCUUCUAAUCAUUUUUUCCGUCCAGGAAACUUGAUGUUAAUUUUUUGCUUCUUAAUGUUUAUAUUCUGUGUUAGGCACUCAGAUAUUCCAUUGAUUACUGUACAUGAAUUAUGUAUAAAGUGGAAUAAGGAGUCAUUUUAUCGCAACUUCAGUACUGACUUAUGGUGCAUAAAAUUCAAGUUCAUAACUGAUGAAUGAAUUCCCAUAGAAUUGAUGGAACAACCAACAAAGAUUCAUUUUAAUUUUCUCCAAAGGUGUCAAGUUCUAAACACUUCAACUAUUGUACAUUCAGUAUUCAUAUUAACAUAAUUAAUCAUUAAUUAAGGUCUGAGUUCACUGUUAGUACUCAAGGUGAGAUUGUGUCCGUGUUUUAUUAUUAUUGUACGACUCGUACAGAUUUUUAUCUCUGUAUAAAAGGUUUUAUAUGGUGUGUGUUUUUUUUAUUAGUUAAUUGUGUAAUUUAUUUUGUAUGGAAUUGUAUGAUUGAUUGAUUGAUGUAAAAAUUUGUGAGGUUUCACCAGGAAGUCUGAAGCGUGGAAUUUCAUUUAAUGAGAUUUAUUUCUGUUCAUAAUGAACGUAAGCUUUAAUUUAACUAUUAAAAAUACAAAAGAAA